AACGAGACAAAAGAAGUAAUCCAUUGCUCAUGUAAGAUAGGGUCAACCCCUUUUUCUGUCAUUUGUGAGUGGUGCAGCUCUGAGAUGGCCAUUAAUGGAAUUAUAUUUGGUAAACGUUCUGAAAGGCCAGACAACAGCAUACCCCUGUUGAUAUCUUCGAUGAUCCUCUUACAUCGUCUCCUCCAUAUUUCAAUAACAACCCUCCCAUCCGUUCACAUUCAAUUCCACAUGCCGCCCGCCCAUAUUACACCAAUCGCCACCACUCUCUUCUCGUCCAUGCAAUUACCCAAACACUUCUUUAGUUCAUUUCCUCUUCACCUCUGCAGACAAGGCCAAAGCUACCUUCCUCUGUCUCUCUUUUACUCUACUUACAGAGUAGUAAGGGAAAGAGUUGCUGUCACUGUUCUGUUUCGAGCAGUAAGGGAAAGGGUAUAAAAUGACCACCGCCGCCGCCGACGGAGGUGGUUUUUUGAAGUCUUUUUCUGUGUGUGCGGCGGUUGCAGUGCUGCUGACUGCGUUUGUAGUCUGUCAGGCGGACGGAAGAAGCUCGGGUACGACUUUGGGGAUUCUUUUGGAGGUGAAAAGAUCGUUUCUUGAUGACCCGGAAGGAGUCUUGAAGGAGGGGUGGUCGGAGAUGAACCGGAGCUACUGUUCAUGGCGGGGUGUCUCGUGUGGAGGAGCUGGUCGGAAGGCGGUGGUGGGUCUGAACCUAUCUGACUCGUCGCUCGGCGGGUCAAUCUCGCCUGCACUCAGUCUCUUGACUCACCUGCUCCACCUUGAUCUUUCUUCUAACCGCCUCUCAGGCCCCAUUCCACCUGCUCUCUCCAACCUUUCAUCUCUGGAGUCGUUGCUUCUCUUCUCCAACCGAAUUGGUGGGCCCAUCCCUGCCGAGCUCGGGCUGCUCAGUAAUCUGCAAGUGCUCAGACUCGGCGACAAUGGCGGCAUUACUGGCCCGAUUCCGGCUUCUUUGGGCAACCUUAAAAGCAUUGUCACCCUUGGACUGGCCUCAUGUAACCUCACCGGUCUCAUUCCGCCUGAACUCGGAAGGCUAACUCAGCUCCAGAAUCUCAAUUUGCAGCAGAAUCAUCUGGAAGGGCCUUUACCGCCAGAGAUUUCCAGUAUAUCUCACCUUACUGCGUUUAGUGCCGCCAUGAACGGCCUUAACGGCUCCAUUCCUGAAGAACUUGUGGCCUUAAAAAAUCUCCAGAUACUUAAUCUUGCCAAUAACACACUCACUGGCGAGAUUCCGAGUCAGCUCGGGGAAAUGGGCAGCUUAACUUAUCUCAACCUUCUCGGGAAUCGUCUUAGUGGUUCAAUCCCAAAGUCACUGGGGAAUAUGAAUAGUCUUCAGAGCUUGGAUUUGUCUGGAAACCAGCUCACUGGUGGAAUUCCGGGAGAACUAGGCGGUUUGAGUAGACUCGAAUUCUUGGUGCUGACCAGCAAUGAUCUUUCGGGUGUCAUUCCAGAGACUAUCUGCUACAAUGCCAGUAACUUGAAGCACUUGAUGCUCUCACAAACAAAUAUAUCUGGUGAGAUCCCACCGGGGUUAAGCCAGUGUCGGGCACUUCAACAGCUAGAUUUGUCAAACAAUACGAUCAGUGGAUCCAUCCCGGUGGAGCUUUACGAGCUGACUGAGUUAACUGAUCUUGUGCUUAACAAUAACAGCUUGGACGGUAUGGUUUCCCCGUUUGUAGGAAAUCUUACCAAUCUUAAGACAUUGUCCUUAUUUCAUAACAAUUUAGGUGGAGAAUUGCCAAGGGAAAUAGGAAUGCUUGGGAAUCUUGAGGUUCUGUUUCUCUACGAGAAUCGCUUCACCGGAGCUAUCCCUAUGGAGAUCGGAAACUGUUCAAACUUGGAAUUCAUUGAUUUUUAUGGAAACCAGUUCACUGGACAAAUUCCCCUUACCAUGGGGAGGCUAAAGAGGCUGAGUUUCCUACACCUGAGAGAGAAUGAUCUCUCUGGUGAGAUUCCCUCCAGUUUGGGUAACUGCCACCAACUAGAUACUCUUGACUUGGCGGAUAACCGCCUUUCGGGUGGCAUUCCUCCCACUUUCAGUUAUCUUCGAGCUCUCACUUUGCUGAUGCUCUACAACAAUUCUCUUGUAGGGAGUAUUCCGGAGGAUUUGAGAAACAUCGCAAAUCUAACAAGAAUCAAUCUUUCGAAUAACAAAUUGAGUGGCAGUCUUGAUCCUAUGUGCACCUCCCGUGCUUUCCUUUCUUUUGAUGUCACAAACAAUGCGUUUGAUCAAGAAAUUCCAUCCAACUUAGGGAAUUCACCCAAUCUUGAUAGACUAAGGUUGGGGGACAACAGAUUAGUAGGAAAUAUCCCGUGGACUUUCGGAUUUAUCCGUGAAUUAUCACUUUUAGAUAUCUCGGGAAAUAAACUCAGUGGUUUUAUCCCUCCGCAACUAUCGCUUUGCCGAAAGUUGGCCCAUCUUGAUCUCAACAAUAAUCUUUUAUAUGGACCAAUCCCAAUUUGGCUUGGAAGUUUGCCUCUACUUGGUGAACUUAAGCUGUCUGCCAAUCGGUUUUCCGGACCUCUUCCUCUAGAGCUAUUCAACUGCUCUAACCUUCUGGUUUUGUCUCUAGAAAAGAAUUUACUGAAUGGAACUCUCCCAUCUGAAAUUGGAAACCUGAACUCCCUCAAUGUACUCAACCUUGAUGGUAACAGCUUCUCUGGUUCAAUACCUUCAAUGAUUGGUGGCUUGAGCAAGCUCUAUGAGCUCCGAUUAUCGCGAAACAACUUCACAGGUGAAAUUCCAAAAGAGGUCGGCCAACUGAAGAAUCUCCAAAGCAUCCUUGAUUUCAGUUACAACAACCUCAGCGGCCACAUCCCACCAUCGAUCGCAACUCUCUCUAAACUUGAACAGCUUGAUCUGUCACACAAUGAUCUUGAAGGUGAGAUUCCCCCUCAAGUAGCUAAAAUGAGCAGUUUAGGCAGACUGAAUCUAUCUUAUAACAAACUUCAAGGGAAAUUGGACGAGCGAUAUGCACACUGGCCGGUUGACUCAUUCCUUGGAAACUCACUACUUUGUGGUAGUCCCUUGGGUUUAAAGUGCGGAAAUAUAGGGUUGAGGAAGAAUCCAGAGUCACGCCUAAGUAACACAAUGGUGGUGAUCUCAGCCAUAUUGGCUACACUUGGGAUCAUUCUUCUCUUACUUGGAGCUGCCCUCUUCUUCAAAAGGGAAACAAACAGGAGAAAAGAAGAGAAAUGUGCAUCUUCUUCUGGUUCUUCUUCCCGUGCACAGAAGAAACCACUCUUUUCAAAUACUUCUAAAAAGCGGGAUAUCAGAUGGGAUGAUAUAAUGGAAGCAACCAAUAAUUUAAGCGACGAGUUCAUCAUAGGGUCUGGGGGAUCUGGAACAGUCUACAAAGCUGAGCUGUUCAAUGGAGAAACAGUUGCAAUCAAGAGAAUACCAAGGAAGGAUGACCUCUUUCUGGACAAAAGUUUUGCCAGAGAGUUGAAGACGCUGUGGAGGAUAAGGCAUAGGCAUCUGGUGAGGUUAGUGGGAUAUUGUAGCAACAAAGGGAAGGAUUCUAACAUGUUGAUCUAUGAGUAUAUGGAGAAUGGCAGCCUGUGGGAUUGGCUGCAUAAUCAACCAGCUGGUAAUAAGAGCAAGAGCAAGAAGUGCCUCCUUGAUUGGGAAGCAAGGAUGAAGAUAGUAAUGGGAUUAGCGCAAGCAGUUGAAUAUCUCCAUCAUGACUGUGUGCCUAAGAUCAUCCAUAGAGAUAUCAAAUCAAGUAACAUUCUGCUCGACUCAAACAUGGAAGCACAUUUAGGGGAUUUCGGGCUCGCCAAAGCCAUUACCAAUGACUCCCUGACCACAGAAUCGAACUCCUGGUUUGCUGGCUCCUAUGGCUAUAUGGCACCAGAGUAUGCGUAUUCAUUGAAAGCAACAGAAAAGAUUGAUGUGUACAGCAUGGGGAUUGUGAUGAUGGAGAUUGUGAGUGGAAGGAUGCCAACUGAUGGGAGUUUUGGGGAACACGUCGACAUGGUGAGAUGGGUGGAGUCACGCAUGGAGGAGAUGCAGCACGGAUCAACUGCUCGUGAGGAGCUUAUUGACCCAUUGCUAAAACCAUUGUUGCCCUAUGAAGAAAGUUGCGCAUUCCAGGUGCUGGAAAUUGCGCUACGAUGCACAAAAACUGCACCAGCUGAACGUCCACCGUCACGCCAAGUGUGUGAUCUGUUAAGGCCUGUUUCUAAACAAGACAAGGCUGUUGCUGUUCACUUUGAUAAAUCAAGAAGCCAUAGUUCCUUACCCUAGUCUCUGAAACCUUUUCUCUCUGCCAUGUCGGUCUAAAGAGGAAGGGGUAAGAUCACCACAUUAAUAAAUUCCAAACUCAGUCAUUUUUAGCCUAACAUAACAUUCACUGCUCAUCAAAUGAUUUAAGUCAUUUUUCGGUUAGCAAUGUGAACUGCAUUCAGCUAGAUACAUACAAUGAGCUUAUUAAUUAGGUACAUUAACAACACCUGCAGUUAUCCUGAUCAGAUAAAUUGCCAACAUGAAAUUCAAGAGUUGGAUUUAAU